UUGCACGUGUUAUCGAUUAAUAUCUAUUUAUAUCAUUUAUUUACUAUAUUUAAAAAUCUAUAAAUAAACAAGUACAUUUAAGAGAGUGUUCAAUAUUUUAAAGUUAGGGUGAUGAUAAAGAUGUGAAUGAUUGUUCUGUGUCAUAGUCAGCUGUACUCUGUAAUUAUGUCUGUGAUUUACAAGGGAACCUCUGCAGAAGAGCAAACUUUUGAAAACUUUUGUACAAGAGUUAACGAAAUGAUAUCUGAAGAAGAACUGGAUGUUAUGAAGCAGUGUGUUAAAGAUUACUUUGGCGAAGAGUUGAUGGAUAUUCAGACGUUUCCGUUGCUUAUACAAGAGUUAAUCGGGAAAAGGCAUAUUUCUAGUUCACAUUUGGCAUUACUUAAAGAAAUGUUGUACAGUGUCGGAAGAAAAGACCUUAUUGAAUUGGCAAUAGAAGACAAAGAUAUAAAAACAAACAACAGAAAAACAAAAUACGUGGACACAGACAGAGAACGUGUGUCAAUAACAGUCCGGAUUAAGUUUUCGUCGUGCACAGUUGACCAUGUGCAGGAGUUGUUGCGGAAACUGUCUGAUGUAGUGUUUGCUCCAGCUAAUCACAUUAAAGUGAAUCGGAUUGAACAACUAUCUACAGGAGGAUUUAUAUGUGUUCUGGGGAUUGAUAAAACUUAUGCAGAUAUUUUGCAACACUAUCUUGUAUACGAUGAUGGUAACAGUGGACUGAACUAUUGUGGGGUGACGGAUGUUUUCAUCUGUAACACAACGUACAAAAUAAAAGGUAAGAUGGUUCCUAUUGAAAUGCUGCAAGAGCAUCAAAGAGUUAUUGCUCACCUACAUAAACAAAACCAGGAGCUCAUGCAGCGUUUAGACCAACUAGGCAUGAGCCUUGAUUCUCUUCUACCGCUUGUUGCUGAACUAGGAGAUCCAAACACCCACCUGAAAAAUCUGGAAAAUUUGCACAAACACUCUGGAAUGUCAACUACACUUUGGAAGGUGCUUGGUAGAUUAUCAGAUGAACAACUCCCAGACAGAUAUAAACCAGACUUAAGCCAAGAAGAAAUCAGACAAAACUGUUUAUAUUCAAAGGCAAGAAUGCAGAGAGUCUUUCCGCAUCUUUCAAUGUCGUUCGAAAAGAAACAAAUAGAUAAGAAGGAGAAAAAUUCGUUAAGUAAGUCAGACUGAGUGAAACUGUGUAUGCAGCUGAAUCAUGUUGCAAUAGUGACUCUUUUCAAUUGUACAUGAAAGUAAUAUGCCUAGAGUAUUUCUGGGUAUGGGUAACUUGUUUAUCUGCAUGCUUCCAAAUUAUCAUUAUAUGUUUUUAGAUAAGGUUUGGAAGGAAUCUAUUUUUUAUAAAAUUACAAAUACAAAUGCACCAUGUCUUUGCUCUCGGAUGUUGUCAUACGGUAAUGAAAUGUGACAUUAUAUGGAUUUUAUUUUUAAACUACUUUUAACAAAAAAUAAUUAAUAUUCCUAUCGGUUCAAUUUGGAUUAAGAAUCAUAACAGCGAAGACUACAUCUUUCGCCUAGCGCGAAACUAUUGCAACUUCAUAUGAAUGCAAAAAUGUUCCAACAGUUACGCACUGAGGCAACGAUAAAAGUCGUCCUUUAUAUUUAACACGAGUAAUGUCGACACGGUUUCUUAUCAUGAUGGGCUAUUAUAAAACCACGUAAAUUUUAUUAUGAAUAAACAUUUAUCGCACUAUGUAAAUCAACAUUAAUUAAAUUAUCAAGUAAAGAAAACGAUUGUACCAUCGAGUCCAUAGAAACCGUGACCCUAAGGUAUUUAUAUGUAUAAUUUCACAAGUAAAACGCAAUAAAAUCCAGAAAAUAGUA